GGGACCUGGGAACUACACCAUCUUCCCCGCGUCAGGAGCUGCCGAGGUAUCCUGACUAGCUAUGAGGAUUCCCAAAUAUUCCUUGAUGGGACCUUUCAGAGGACAUAUGAGUAUUAAAAGUAGCCCCUUUUCUCCGAGUUCUUCCUGCAAGCUCUCAAGUCAGUACAUUGUUCAAGAUCACAUGGCUGUGCAUUACAGAAAACUGCUGUCCGCCAAAGCUGCUGUUGAUUCAUCUGCUCCAAAGAGUUUGAACACAAGCAUUAAAUACAGGGACCAGCAGAAAAGAGAGAAGCUUAUCAAAGCUGUUGAAAAAUUCAAGAAAGAAGUAGCAUCGAGCCGUUCUACACCCCCAUGCCAUUCUAGAAGUGUUUCCACUGAGAAUCAUAAAUGGCUACAAAAUCACCUGAAUUUGGUUUCGAGAGGAAGAAUGUCUCCUCUGAGAAAAGAGGAACAGCACUCUUCCAAACAGUUCAAGAAGAUGUGUGCAAGUCUUCAGCCCCCAGUUUUGAAUGCAGGAGAUACUAUUCAAGAUUCAGCCUUAUCUCACACAUACAGAAAUGCAGUCUGGCCAUAUGCUUCACCUCUUUCUCCAUCUCGCCUAAGCGAAAAGAAGAUGUGUCAAAUCCCCAAGAAGAAAACGGUUAGCGGAGAUCUCCUAGACACACAUGCUGAUUGGUUUACGGAAACAAAGCAGCCUUUUACCCCAAAGCUUUUAAAAACAGCAACCAAAUCACUCCUUUCAAAAUACAGAUAUUAUAAUCAUCCAUGCAGGAAGAAAAGCCUUUCCCCUCACCCACAGUCAUACCAAAGACCAAGAAAUGUUUACAGGUCUACGGAUGAUGAAUGGCUAAGAACUUACGCAGAUGACCAUUCAUGGCAUCCACUCAAGAAACAUUCUGGGAACUCAAUUUAUAUUCAAUCACUUCUUCAAGCAAAAGACGAAGAGUUGAAGUACCUUCAGUUGCUUCAGGAAGUUACAAAUUAUAUUUUGAUUAGAAGUUGUUACUGGAAAAAGUCAUUAGGUGAUAUAAUUCAGAUGCAUAUUAGAAACAGGUAUGACCUUGAUGAGUCUCUCUCUCUUCUUCCCCCUGCUUCCCUUCCCCGCUUUUUAAAGGUAAAAAUGCAAAGAAUUUUUCAAGUCCUGGAGGAAGAUUUGAACACUUGCACUCAUCUGGUUGACUCUUCUGACAGUUACACUGUCUUGAAACAUGGGAAUGGUAGCUUUAAUAAAAAUUAUAUAUAGGCCCUAUCUUUUGAAUCAGAAGAACCCUUUAAAGUAUUAUAUUGGUGUUCAUAGUACUAGACUUCAUAGUAAGCAAAGGAAGAAAUUUACUGUGCAGGAAGCAAUUUAGAUCAGUACAAUAAACCUUAAUUAAUCUAAUAGAUUAAAUUAGAUUCUAAAUUCCUCUAGGCAGAAGUAUUUUUGUAGACUGUAUAUUAAUGAGGUUCUCAAUUUUUGUGAACACCAAUCCUUCUAUAGGCAAGAAUGGCACCAUCCUUUUAGAUACAUGAUUGCACUUAAA